AUGGCUGGUAGAGCCGGUAGAAAACGCUCCUCGUCUUUGCUGGCUCAGAACCGCCGGGUCAAGAAGCCUGUCCGAUCGUCUAUGACCAAGAAGGUAAGUGUUAAGGCGAAGUUAAUGAAGGGUGGGAAGGUGAAGGAUGAAGAGAAGAAGGAAGAAGAGUCGACGCCGAAGGGCCCGCCUCUUACAAGCCCCCUCGUGAGCCCCGUAGUUAGCUUGAUCGUGGGCCCGGAUCAUCGCCUCUUCGUCGCGCAUGAAGAUGUACUCUCCCGGGCUACUUUCUUCGACGCUGUCCUCCGGGAUCAGUUCAUCGAGAGCAACUUGAAUAAAGUCGUGGCUCUGCCAGAUGAGGACCCGGAAAUUCUUUCCUGCAUCCUCGAAUUUCUCUACAAAGGCGACUACUACCCGCGUCUUCUACGUGGGGACGGUCUCGAAGCACCUGCAUGGCGCCUCGAGGAAGAAGCUGACAACGAGAACGAGAUGCAGCACAACGCCGAGGAGGUCCUAGCAACCAAGCCAGUUCACACUCGUUCCAAUAAUAAUGAUGGCUCCACUGGCCCCAACACCUCCCCUACUGCCACCUUCCAUCAUCACCGCGCAGGCCUCAUCCUCCGGGAUACGGCCAUCUACUGCGCCGCCGAGCACUACGGCCUCCCCGAGGCCCUCAAGCGCCUCGCCCUGCGCAAACAGGGUCUCCGGACCGGGAUCGCGGUGGAAGUUAUUCUGCGGUCCGCGCGUUUCGCGUACGAGCAUACGCCCGAGUCGGAGGAUCAACUGCGCGCGCGGUACCUGGCCAUGAUUAUCCGUUCGCGGGCGGUCUUCAAGGCGAGCGGCACGAUGCAGUUGGAGAUGGAGAGGGGGCAUCCCUUCUUUUUCGAUCUGUUUGUCGCGCUGUGUAAUCAUGUGGAUGAUUUGGAGGGCAGGGUUGCAGUAGCUGAGUAAUGUCUGGCAUACCUGUGGCAGCAUGGGUUUGUGUCGAUGGAUUUACUGGCUGUGCCCUGAUCUCGAAUAUCGUUUGCUGGGUUGCGCGCGGCCAAUUUUCGGAGAAGUGCUCACACACAUCAGCAAAGAAAAAACCCAUAAAAAAAGGUGAAAGGAACAGAAAGCAGUGUCUUCUCAAGCAAGGAUUUGCAUUGAGACUCGAUCGAGGAAGGGACCCGUUUACUGAACCUGGGAGCAUGUUCUGGAAUUAUCUGUUAUAUCUUAAUCCUCUGCUUUACUCUGCAUCUGCGUUGAUCUGCUUUACUUUGCAGUUUCAGAUGAUCUAUGUGUAAUGAGGUUGUAUCGGACUGGGAUGUGAUUUUGCAAAGGGAAAUAUGAAAAUCUAUAUGUGUGUGUGUGUGUGUGUGUGUGUGUGUGUCGAUCUUUCGUCGGUCUAUCUGGAUACUUGAGUUGUGCUCGUGUUCUCAAUUUGCGUGUUGGGCUGUUCUCUG